AUGGUGGAUUUCAAUAGCACCAGCUUCCAUCCUGCCACAUUCCAACUGACCGGGUUCCCAGGCCAGGAAGCUGCUCGCCACUGGAUCUCGAUCCCUUUCUGUGUGGUCUACAUCACCGCCAUGGUAGGGAAUUGCACUGUUCUCUGCGUUAUCUGGGCAGACCGGCGUCUCCACCAGCCCAUGUAUUUGUUCCUUUGCAUGUUGUCAGUCAACGACCUCGGUAUGUGUCUGUCGACCCUGCCCACGGUGCUCAGCAUCUUCUGCUUCGAUGUCACAGACGUCGCGUUCGACGCCUGCCUGGCCCAGAUGUUUUUCAUUCACUCCUUUUCCUUCAUGGAGUCGGGGAUUUUACCGGCCAUGUCAUUCGAUCGCUUUGUCGCCAUCUGUGACCCGCUGCGCUACGCGGCCAUCUUGCCCAACCCCAGGAUUGUGAGGAUCGGGCUGGCCCUUGUGAUUAAAAGUACCAGCAUGCUCCUCCCUUUCCCCUUUCUGAUUAAACGGCUGCCGAUCUGCAAAGGCAAUGUCCUCUCCCACGCGUACUGCUUGCACUCAGACAUGAUGAGACUGGCGUGUGCGGACACAACCGUUAAUAACAUCUAUGGAUUGUUUGCCAUUCUCUUCACUUAUGGUUUAGACUCAGUGUUCAUCAUCCUAUCUUAUGUUAAGAUUCUAAGGACAGUUUUUAAUAUUGCAUCCCAUGAACAGCGCCUCACGGCCCUAAACACCUGUGCCUCGCACAUCUGUGCUGUCCUACUCUUUUAUGUCCCAAUAAUUGCAGUCUCCGUUAUGCACAGGUUUGGAGGAAAUGCCCCUCGAGUUGUGCAUAUUCUUAUGUCCUAUGCCUACCUCUUUGUCCCCCCUGUGUUAAACCCAAUUGUUUACAGCGUGAAGACAAAGGAGAUUCGCAAGGGGAUCUCCCGAAUAUUCGCCAGAGACCUACUGUCAGAUAUGGUUUUGUUGGACAAGUUUUGA